CUUGCCUCCCCACCUUCCCUCACUCGUCGCUUCCCACCCGUUAUCUUGCUCGCUCGCACUCUCUCCUCUUUCCAUCCACUCCAUCUGCCAUCUCCUCCAUCUCCUCCAUCUCCAUUUCCAUUUCCAUCUAAACACAAACAAUGGGUUUCGCUGCAAAGCUUGCUCAGGCUAACCAGGCCGGCCAGCAGUUCCAGGGCGGCGGCGGCAUGGGUGCCCCCGCUGCUGGUGCUCCCGGUGCUCCCGGUGCAUACGGCCAGCCCCCUCAGCAGCCUGGCCAGUACGGCGCUCCUCCCCAGCAGCCUGGCCAGUAUGGCGCUCAACAGGGUGGUGCUCCUGGCGCCCCCGGCGCCUACGGCCAGCCCGGUCAGCAGCAGCAGCCCGGCCAGUACGGCCAGCAGGCGGGUCAGUAUGGCCAGCAGGGUGCUUACGGUCAGCCCGGCCAGCAACCCGGCCAGUACGGCGCCCGCCCUGGUCAGCCUGGUGCCCCCGGUGCUCCUGGUGCUCCCGGCGCGUACGGCCAGCAGCCUGGUCAGCAACCUGGCCAGUACGGUCAGCAGCCCGGCCAAUACGGUCAGCAGCAGCAGUAUGGUCAGCCCGGCCAGCAGCCCGGCCAGUACGGCCAGCAGCCGGGUCAGUACGGUCAGCAGCAGAGCCAGUACGGUCAGCCCCCGCAGCAGCAGCAGCAGCAGUACGGCGCGCCCGGUGCUGGCGCCGCUGUCGGUGGUAGCACCAUCCCUCCCCAGCAUAUUGUUCAGGUCCUGAACCAAUGCAUCCAGGAGCAACACAUUGGUGCUUUCUACCGCAACCCCGCCGACGUGCAGCGCAUCGCCGACCGCAUCGUUCAGACGGGCGCUCUCCAGAAGCUGGCGGCGCAGUGGCGCCUUCCCGCUGAGCUUGCAGUCGACCUUGUCAAGAUCGCUCUUUUCGACACCGUCAUCCUAGUCGACGACUCGGGCUCGAUGGCCUUCGAGCAGGGCGGCGAGCGUAUCGACGACCUUAAAAUGAUCCUCGGCAAGAUUGCCGGCGCCUGCGCCCUUUUCGACGAGGACGGUCUCACCAUCCGCUUCCUCAACUCGCAGGUCCGCGGUGACCACAUCCGCUCCGAGCAGGAGGUUCUGCAGCUCAUCAGCCAGAUCAACUUCUCGGGUCUCACUCCCCUGGGCACCUCGCUCGACCAGAAAAUUCUCCAGCCUCUCCUCGUCCAGCCCGCUCGCUCCCAGCAGCUCCGCAAGCCCCUCCUUAUCAUUGCCAUCACCGACGGCCAGCCCGCUGGCGAGGACCGCGGCAUGCUCGCCAAGGUCAUCACUGCGGCCGCGCACGCGCUCGCCGCGACUCCCUUCGGCGCUGAUGCCGUUUCGUACCAGUUCUCGCAGGUCGGCAAUGACAAGGGCGCGCAGAAGUUCCUGUCCGAGCUCGACAACGACCCGCAGAUCGGUGGCCUCAUCGACCAGACGAUGGAGUACGAGUACGAGCAGCAGGAAAUGAUGACCAAGACGGGACAGAACUUGACGCCCGAGAUGUGGCUCAUGAAGCUUCUUCUUGGCCCCAUCGACAGCUCGUACGACUCGAAGGACGAGAAG